AUGGCACUGUCUCCGUCUAGCGGUGAUCUCGCAGAUGGGUCCGGUCAUCAUGAAGUAGAAACAGCUAUCUCCGAACCCUACAAUGGAAAUGCACCCAACCUGAGCAAUACUGUAUUUGAAAUGAGUCAACUACCCUCGUCAACACAGGAUGAGCCACGCGAGGCGGACGCGGCUGAGGGCGAAUCUCGCAGCAAUUGGAGGAUCGUCGCCAUCAUGCUUGCUCUUUCACUCAGUCUCUUCAUCUCCGCUCUUGAUCAGACCAUUGUGGCAACAGCAACCCCAACUAUCUCCGCAGAGCUGCAUUCAGGCAGAGGCUAUGUAUGGAUUGGUGGUGCAUACCUAAUUGCUAAUGCGGCCAGCUCUAACAUCUGGGCAAACCUGUCCGAUAUCUGGGGACGCAAGCCGAUUCUUCUGUUGGCUGUAGCCUUGUUCUUUGGAGCAUCGAUUAUCUGUGCCAAAGCUAUCAACAUGCCUAUGCUGAUUGCAGGACGUGGUGUACAAGGUAUCGCAGGAGGUGGGCUCAUCCAGCUAAUUACUAUCACUAUCUCCGACCUCUUUAGUGUCCGACUCCGCAGCCUUUUCUUGGGCCUCAUUGAGUUUAUCUGGGCAAUUGCCGGAGCGUUAGGCCCCAUUGUUGGCGGUGCCUUCACCCAGUCAGUUUCCUGGAGGUGGAUCUUCUGGAUCAAUCUGCCUGUUUGUGGAACAGCCUUUGUACUUCUCCUGUUAUUCCUAGAUGUACACAACCCAAAGACCGGAGUUAUAGAUGGCAUCAAAGCAGUCGAUUGGUUCGGUAGCUUCUCUAUUCUCGGGCUGGCGGUUAUGGUUCUGCUGGGCCUUGACUUCGGAGGAGAUACCUUCCCUUGGAAUUCGCCGAAAGUGAUUUGUCUCAUUGUUUUUGGCUGCCUGAUGUCACUUAUCUUUAUUUACAGUGAAAAACGUCUGGCCAAGUAUCCGCUGAUGCCGCUUGGUGUAUUCAAAAGCCGUUCUAAUGUUGCCUGCUUUAUUGUGGCGUUCACACAUGGCUUUGCUUUUCUCGGACAAGAAUAUUACCUCCCGUUAUUCUUCCAGUCGGCCAAGGAAGCGUCUCCUUUCCACUCGGGCCUUCUAAUUCUCCCAUUUGUCUUAUCCGAAGCCGCCUUGAGUCUUGCGGCCGGAAUCAUCAUCCACCGCACCGGCCAUUAUCUCGAAAUCGUGUGGACCGGAACCGCACUCGUACUCCUGGGGAGCGGUCUAUUCAUCGAUUUCGGCGCUAUGUCACCCCUUGCAAAGAUCAUCUGCUACCAAGUAGUCGCAGGCGCAGGAUGUGGUUUGCUUUUCUUCCCUCCUCUCCUUGCUCUGCAGAGCAAUGUACCCCAGGAUGAAACCGCUGCCGCGACUGCAACCUUCGGCUUCAUCCGUAAUAUGGCCAUGGCCAUGUCAGUGGUGCUUGGCGGAGUGGUUUUCCAGAACAGCAUGGAUACGCGCCAGUCGGAGCUCCUCGCAGCUGGACUAUCUGACUCGAUAGUGAAGGAACUUACCGGGCCAGAGGCCGCGGCUAACAUCAUGGUCAUUCAGUCGAUCGAGGAUACGUUUCAACGCAGUGUGGUGAAGGAUGCUUACGCGUGGAGCCUGCGCAACAUCUGGAUUCUCUACGCCUCUCUAUCAGCGUGCGGACUUCUCUUCAGUCUUUUGAUUACUCGUCAGCAUCUCAGCAAGGAACAUAUCGAGACGAAAACUGGGCUGAAGGAGAAGGAGCCGCAUACCGAAUCCCAGGAGAGCCAACCUGUCUCCGCACCUUGAGUCUCAGCCUCAAUUCGAGCUUGGGAAGC